GUUUGGCAGUAGCAUGUAGAUGAGAGCCGGAGACUCAGAGCAGACUGCUGGAGGUGACUUUCCCCAGAAGCGGACACAAAAGCAGAACUUUCGGUGACAGUUUGCCUCGACGACAUGGAUUACUGGAGUGCCUUGGAGGUGUACAAGGAGAUGCUGCUUCUGUACCUGGAGGAGGGUCGGCGGCAGGUGAACUCGCACUGCUCGCACCUGGAGCCGUGGCAGAUCAUCGGAGCGACCUUCCUCACCACACUGGGAGCAGUCUGGGUCAAAGGCUUCCUGUUCCAGCAAGAAAGUCUCACGUCCAGGAUCAAGAAGCAGUGCUUUCGACUCAUCAGAAAAAUACCCUUUGUUGGCGCAGCAAUUCAGAGCCAGCUGAACAAGGCUUUGGAUGACAUGUCUACCAGUUUGUGCACUCUAAAGGAAGGCAUGAGCUACACUAAGGAGCUGCCCUCUAAAGGCCUCUCACAGAGCCAAGUAAUGGACAAAAUCAAAGAGUACGAGAGCCUGAGUGAGGUGAAGUGGGAGAAAGGCUGUGUUUCAGGUGCAAUGUACUGGUGUGAUGAAACACUGACCAAACUCCUGGUGAAGGUGUAUGGUGAGUUCGCCUGGAGCAACCCCCUUCACCCAGACAUCUUUCCUGGCGUAAGAAAGAUGGAAGCAGAGGUUGUUCGAAUGACCUGUGCCCUCUUCCAUGGUGGACCCAACUCCUGUGGCACAGUUACGUCAGGAGGAACCGAGAGCAUACUGAUGGCCUGCAAGGCAUACAGAGAUUUGGCGUAUGAGCGAGGCAUCAAAUACCCUGAAAUUCUUGCACCUGUGAGCGUCCACGCAGCUUUUGACAAAGCAGCACAUUACUUUGGGAUGAAGCUUGUUCACAUUCCCCUCGACAAGAAAACGAUGAAAGUAGAUGUGAAGGCCAUGAAGAGAGCCAUCAACAAGAACACAGCCAUGCUCGUGUGCUCAGCUCCUCAGUUUCCUCAUGGAAUCAUGGAUCCUGUUGAGGAAGUAGCCAAGCUGGCUGUGCGCUACAAAAUCCCACUGCAUGUGGAUGCCUGUCUGGGUGGUUUCCUCAUUGUCUUCAUGGCCAAGGCUGGAUACCCACUGGCACCUUUCGACUUCAGGGUAAAAGGUGUUACCAGCAUCUCUGCAGACACCCACAAGUAUGGCUACGCCCCCAAAGGUUCCUCCGUGAUCCUCUACAGUGAUACAAAGUACCGUCAGUACCAGUACUUCGUAGCUCCAGACUGGCAGGGAGGAAUCUACGCCUCGCCCUCAGUCGCGGGCUCCAGGCCGGGAGGAAUCAUUGCCGCCUGCUGGGCGACCAUGAUGCACAUGGGACAUAACGGAUAUGUAGACGCUACGAGGAAGAUCGUCAGCACAGCACGCAAGAUUAAAACAGAAAUCCGCAAGGUUAAAGGAGUGUUUGUGUUCGGGGAUCCAGAGGUGUCGGUCGUGGCAAUCGGCUCUGAUAUUUUUGAUAUUUUCCAUCUGUCUAACGCACUGACGUCAAAGGGCUGGAAUCUGAACACACUGCAGUACCCAUCCAGCAUCCACAUUUGCUGCACAGUUUUGCACACUCAGCCAGGAGUUGCUGAUCAGUUUAUUCGUGAUGUCAAAGAGCAGGUCGCCAUUAUCAUGAAGAACCCCAAAGAGAAAACCACAGGAAUGGGAGCGAUCUACGGCAUGGCCCAGUCCAUCCCAGACAGAUCCAUGGUGACGGAGAUCUCCCGAGGUUUCCUGGAUUGUCUCUACAGCACUGAGGUGAAGCCAAACACCAGCCACAUGAACGGCAACGGCAAAGCCCACUGAAACUGGAGUGGGCCCUCCGAGCCCGACCCCACCGCACGCAGGGAAACACGCUCGCCUCCUACCAAGAACUGAGUUGUUCGCUCAACGAUUGCCUUAUCUUGCAUAUACCUACACCGUACGGAAAACAUCUGCAAAGACCUUUGAAGCACAAGCCAUGGUCAUUUUCAUCAGAAAUCGCUUGUAGCACUGCGCCUUCAAUGGCACAGAGCAGAAAUGACUGGGUCCAAACGAGUUCUAGUCUUUUAAUUUGAUUUUAAUUAUGUAGUGUGUGUGUGUGUAUGUUUGAGUUUUUUUGUUCUUGUUCUAAAAGUCCAUUUCAAUUUUAGAUUUUAAUACAUGUGUCUGUCAUGAUUUCUACUGGUUGCAUAGCAAAACCAUUCAGUUCUUUUUAACGCCAGAACCAUUCAGCUCAUUGCCGCUAAAGCCAGUGAUGACUCAGCAAAAACAGAAACCACUGAAAACUUGUUAGAACCGCUGUGCUGCCCUCUAGCAUGAAACCCGACGUACUGCUCCAGACCAGCUGUACUGUUAUCUCUAUCAUGUAGCAGUUCUCUGGGAAACAGCGUUUAUGUUUUUGUUUUUUUAAAUGUAAAAGCACUGCAAGAACAUAUCAGGUUAAUCUGUAAAUCACUUGAAACUGCAGAUCUGAUGAUAUGGUUUUUCUGUAAGCAUGAACAUGUGUGUGUUUGUUAGCACUUCAUUUUGUUUUAAUCUGCAUUUGUGGUCCAUCUACAGAAGUUGUAUUUGUAGACAGUGGGAGAAUAAUUUGGAAAGUGGGAGUUUAUAAUGUUGUUAAUGUUCAAUAAAACUGACGUUAAAUUUAAAUAAGGGAGAACAAGGGGCAUUAGUAUCUUGGAAGUGGAAUCCAAAGCUCAUCAGCCACUUUGAUUGUAUCGCUGAUGGUGGUUAUUUUUAUUUAGAAUUAGAGAAAAACUUCCACGCAGUAGCUGGCCUGUCAAGUAAAGCAGCUGCGUCAUAUUUUAACAGCUCCUUAAAGCCCUGAACGACUCCGAUGUUGUCAAGUAGCAGGAUCGUCUGUCUGCGUAACACCUUGUCGUCAUAGUUUGUCUCCUAAUUCAAUCUACCUCAGUUUCCGCUCAAUGCGAAUAGUCAUUUAUUCACCCACUGAAAUAUCUUCUAACAGUACAGCUGUUUCCAUUUCUAGCUUCACAAACUUCACAGUGUUGACAAACUGUAACAAAGUGUUCUUAAAUACCCAGACACCGGGAGGACAUUGAUCCACUGUGAUUAAGGUUUUCGAUCCACAGACUGACAGAUUAGAUAGUUGUUGUUUUUUGUGUAUGAGUGUGUGUGUGUUGUUGUUGUUGUUGUUGGGAGAAACCCACUGUCUGCCCUGUCUGAAUGUGGAUCUACUGUAUUUUAUCCAUUCAGCAGGAUAUGUACACAUUUACUAACAGGUUGAUAACUUAACAAUGCAUACUGUAACACCAAAAGGACCUUGUUCUCUUGAUUUCAUGUGCUUUCCUAAUCUUGUUAAAAUUAUUUCCAUGUUUGUGCAAUAUGUAACUUUUCCUUUUAUGAAGUGAAGAAGCGAAGGGGGAACGCUCUGCUAAUAAUGUUUAAGUGAUUAGAAGCAUCGUAGUGAAUGACAAGCUUAUCGGCCUUUUGUUGGAGCAUUCGUGCGACCGCUGGGUGUUCAUUAAUCGCUUCGUUUGUGAGUCUUUUUGUGCGUGUUUUCAGCAGUUGUGUUUUUGCAUACUGAAACAUUCUAAAGAGAUUAGACAUGAAUGUAUUUAGGUUCUUACACGAUUUUCUCAUCUUUUAGUCAGUGCCUGGUUAAAAGACGACGAAACUAAUGAUUUAAGUUCAAACUAUCAUUUGUGUCCAUCCGCUCAUCCUGAAAUAUUUUUCCCAGUCACAAGCUUGGGAAGCUCAUGCCUGUGCAAAAAAAAAAGACUUUUCCAUCCUGUUUGAGGAAUCGUUCUCAAAACAUGUGACGAUUGAAUGGCCAAGAGAUCUAUUUUGAAUAAAGACUUUUAUUGUAAA